CAAACGGGCAAGCACUUCUUUGAGGUUAUGUUUUUAUUAUUUUUCAAACAAGUUGAACAUUUCACACAAUUUAUUGGAGAUAAUUUUGGUUAAGCUAAAAUGUCAAUCGUGGAAUACUCGGAAAACCGCUAUAAAUGUGGAGAAAAAAAUAAUAAUACUAAAUCUUGUCCGUACUUCUCGUCUUCAAAGUACUUUAUGGUAAACCACAUCGGACGUCACAGUGUCUCAGUAACACCGUUCAACUGCCAAAAGAAACUAGAAACUUAUAACUGCAAAGAUUGCAACUUCUCAACAGACAUAACAAUCCUUUUUAAACGACACAUCGGAGAAAAACACACUAACAAAGAAAUAAAGUUCGCUACACAUAUCUUUAAACUUGAGGAGACCCCAAAUAACCCAAUAGAGAGUUACACAUGCAAAAACUGCAACUUCAAGACACAUUUCGGCCUACAGUGGCUGAAACAUGUAUUCAAAUGUUCAAAAUCAUCGCAAAACGACGAUUCCUGUAUAGACAUUAAAACGUACAAAUGCCUCGAAUGUUGUAGCUUAUUCAACACCAAAGGCCAGUUAUACUAUCACAGAAAAAUCAUCCACGAAAACCGAACCUACCAGUGCGACCACUGCCCUUACAACACCAAAUUCAAAAACACGCUACGCAACCACGUAAAAGCGCGCCACUUAAAUCCGCAAUUAAUCCAGUGGUUCGACUGUGACUACUGCACCCACAAAUGCAAGACCCGAUGGGAGCUCCACGUCCACAAAAUCGCCAAACACAUGCACGAAAACGAGAUCAUGUGGCACCAGUGCCAACACUGCGACUACCGCGCCAAAUUCCAGGGAACUUUAAACAAACACAUCAUCUGUAAACACACCUCCGAAGAGGACAUCAAGUGGUUUAAAUGCCAGGAAUGCCCAUAUAGAGGCAAACAAAAGACGAGUUUGACGUCCCAUAUAUUGUCAAGACACCGCAAGUUCGAAGGGCAGUGGUUUGACUGUGAAGUGUGCCCUUACAAAACCAAAACCAAGUCAAAUUUGAGAACGCACACGAUUGUCAAACACACAAAGCGAGAGAAUUUGAAGUGGUGGCAUUGUGAACAGUGUGAUUAUAAGACGAAGACGAGCGGACACCUACGAAGGCACCAGAAAGCUAUGCACGAGGAGCGAGUGCAACGGAGUCUGGCACGGUUGCUGAAGCGAUGCAAGCGCGAAGAGAAGUGGCACGAGUGUGCGGAGUGCCCGUUUAAAACCAGGAAAAAAUCGAAUUUGAAAGUGCAUAAGAUGAGGAAGCACAUGGAUCGAGAGAGCAUUAAUUGGAAGAAGUGCGAUUUGUGCGAGUACAAGACGAUAAAUGGGGGACACUUGAGGAGGCACCAUAGGGCGAUGCACGAAAACAAGAAACGAAGAAGAAAAGUAAUCGUGGAGUAACCGUAUUUUAGCGUAUGUUAAUGUAAAAGGGGGUUUGUUGGCUGUUAGAUAGGCAACCAAAAAUUCUCGUACGCAGAAUUAUAGUCGGUUGACGCUGACGAACGUACUCCAAAGCGAUGUCGUGUGUAGUGCGUUCAAAAAUCGCACGUCUGCUUCCAUGAACGUAGAAAAUCAUAGACAAACUGUCACUGGUUACGUUUACCUGAAUUUUUGAAGGUACGAAUAAAAAUCAUCGUGCGAGUUUUAUCUAUUUUAAUGUUUUAGCCUAGAAAACCAGAGGUAAAUCACAGAAAAUUCUUGCCCCACUACUUUAACUAAAUUCCAUCAACUUGAUGUUCCUGUUUUUUGUGUUGUAUCAUAUUUGACUUCAUCCUCGCAAUAAACGGACACUCGUCGCACUGAUAAA